AUGGUUGCAUCGUGUUGGUCGCUGACCUCUCUCUUGUGCCGCGCUCUCUCUCUCUUAUCGCCUUCUUUCUCUCCCAUUUGGCAGUGCUUUGUGCAAUGCUUCUUCCAAAAGCUGCGCCUGAUGGAUGAGAAGGGCGUCGUGCUGAAGGACAAGCUGGAGGUGUUCCUCACCAAGCUGAUGGACGCGGACAAGGCGAAGGAUUACGUGCAGCAGUGUGACCUGCGGCGCACCAAUCCGUGCGAUACGGCCUACGCCGUGUACGAUUGCUAUUUGGGCAAGAAGGCGAAGCUGUUUUGAGUGCACCCUCGAUUGUGUGGAUGUGUGUUUUUAAACAGUAAACAGUAAAUUGGCACACCAAAACAGAAACCUGUUUUCUUGAACCAG